GAUGCUCUGUGCAGAGUCACGUUGCGAGUGAAUUGGCUACUAAUGUUCAGCCUAAACCAGCAGCAUGUCUAUGGAAGACACAACCUGCAACCUGGAGCCUCCAAACAACAAGGACUGGAUCAUGAAAAACCAAGAGGACAAGAUGGAGCAGGUUGCAGAGGAUGAAUCUGAAGACGAUGAGCCCGAGUCUCCACCGAUAGCCGUACGAAGGAAGGUUUCAUUUGCGGAUGCCUUUGGUUUGGACUUGGUUUUGGUGAAGGAAUAUGACGACCGGGACUCGUCGGAGGGUGGGGAAUACUACAUAUCAUGUUUAUUCACCAUUGCAGAUUUGAACCAGGAUAUGGAGGUGAAACUUCAGCAGCAGAAGUUGGAGUUGGAGCGGUUUGAGCUUCUCCCUGGAUCCACUACAAUCCGAGGAAUCAUCCGAGUACUUAAUCUAUGCUUUCACAAAUCUGUUUUUGUUCGUGUUACAUUAGAUGGCUGGCAGAGUCACUUUGAGCUGAUGGCGGAGUAUGUGCCCGGGUCCAGCGAUGGCCAAACCGACUGCUUUUGUUUUCACCUCGAUUUGACGCCUCCGUUCCCGGUCGAAGGGCUGCGUGUUGAGUUCUGUCUGCGGUACGAGAGUGCUGUUGGGACCUUCUGGGCCAGCAAUGGAGGGACAAACUACAUCGUGUUCUGCUAUCAAAGACGAAGGAGCAAUUUUAAAGAGCACCCAAGGGAGGAUGAGAAAGAGAUUGAAAAGGAAAAGGUAGAGGACAAUCUUCAUAAAGGUAUCAGGAGCUGUCUUAAAGCAAACAGUAGAAACUACACAGAGGCUACACCUGAGAAGAGUGGAGAAAUCUCAGAGCAAGUCACACCUAAUGUUGGGCGUAAUAGGAACAAAACCAAAGAAGAAGCAGGGAGUGCGUCCUGCAAAUCCCUUAAGGACUGCUGCAAAACCUUGGUGGACCGUCGUAGGAAGCGCCAAGCUGCCCGUCUGGCACACGUGCAGAAGUAUUUUUCUCAGAAAGCAACAGAAACCCAGAUGGGAUGUAAUUCCAACACAGAUGAAAGUUCAACGUCUAUCCCAAGGCUGAGUAUCCAAAGCAGAACCGACAACCAACAUGGAUUCGGCAUGGACACACCACCAAUACUAAUCUACCACCAGAUUCCUUUGCUUUCUCUAGACUGGGGAAGUACCUCAACAAUACCUCUCCAUGCAAACCCUCUAAACACAGACAGUGAAAAAAGCCAGCAAGUUGAAGAUCACCAAGCUGAAUUGAGUUUUGAUGCCUUUCUGAAGGGCUCUGAUAUGGCAAGCACUCACAGUUACAUGCAGGAUCAAGCAUGGGCUUCUCCAGAGUCACUUGACCAGUGUGAAGUUUCAGCUUCAAGGGACAAAGUCAGAGGAUUGGAGGACAGAGGAGCUGAGGAAAAAUACAGUCAAGAGUCUGGUGACAGGAGAGCAAUAAAUAUCAUCAAAUCUGAUCCCACAGAGCAAGAAAAGGAUCUGAGUAGGAGUCUUUCUAGUGAUCAAGUUGUGGAUUAUCAGUUAGUAAAAGAACCAAGGUUCACUACCCUACCAUGCUCUGCUUUAGAUUCAAGGGACCAAAUCGUAGUCCCAAUGGAAGGUAGAGGAGCUGAGAAAGAUUAUAGUCAAGGGUCAGAUGACAGGAGAGCAAUAGAAAUGAUAAAAUCUGAUCCCACAGAGCAAGGAAAGGAGGUAAGCACGAGUCUUUUCAGUGAUCAAGUUGUGGAUUAUCAGUUAGUAAAAGAACCAAGGCUCACUACUGUACCAUGCUCUGUUUUUGCGUCAAGGGACCAAAUUGUAGUCCCAAUGGAGGAUAGAGGAGCUAAGAAAGAUUAUAGUCAACGGCCUGAUGACAAGAGAGCAAUAGAAAUAAUAAAAUCUGAACCCACGGAGCAAAGAAAGGAUCUGAGCAUGAGUCUUUCUAGAGAUCAAGUUGUGGAUGUUCAGUUAGCAAAAGAACCAAUGGUCACUGCUGUGUCAUGCUCUGUUGUAGUUUCAAGGGACAAAGAUUUAGUCCUAAUGGAGGAUAGAGGAGCUAAAAAAGGCUGCAUUCAAGAGUCUGGUGACAGGAGGGCAAUAGACACCAUAAAAUGUGAUCCCACAGAGCAAGGAAAGGAUCUGAGCAUGAGUCUUUCUAGUGAUCAAGCUGUGAAUUAUCAGUUAGUAAAAGAACCAAGGUUCACUACAAUACCAUGCUCUGUUUUAGAUUCAAGGGACCAAACCGUAGUCCCGGUGGAAGAACUAGGAGCUGAGAAAAAUUAUAGUCAAUGGUCUGCUGACAGGAGAGCAAUAAAAAUCAUAAAAUCUGAACCCACAGAGCAAAGAAAAGAUCUGAGCAUGAGUCUUUCUAGUGAUCAAGUUGUGGAUUACCAGUUAGUAAAAAAACCAAGGGUCACUACCAUACCCUGCUCUGUUCUGGGAUCAGAGCCAGACAGGCUGGAAAGAGAGUUAGAGGCAUCUCGUGACUGCCGAACGCCACAUCAUGAGCUCACAAGUGGAUUUUUAAGUCAAGACAUGACCAAGGCGAGCCCAGGGGAUGAAACUAGAAUCGCACAUGACACAGAGACUCGGAAUUCAGAAGCAGGAGAUGGAAUCUUACCUGAAGAUUGCACGGGCAGCUCUGACACCUCAAAGGUUAAAGAAAACACACACAGGAUGGUCAAAGACAUCCUGACAUUUACGGGGAUCAGAGACGUGCCACUCACAAAUAGACAGGCCGAGGGAUCUUCUUCAAAGAGGAAGGAUAUAAAUAUAGACGAUAGCGAGAAGCAGGUGGAAAUGAGCCGGUUUUAUACAGAACUACAUGAAGAGGACGCGGAAAGCAGUAGAAAAGGACAAGAUGAAACAACUAUGGAUCACAGCGCAGAAAUACAGAGCGUUUCAUCGUGCGAGAGCAAGGCGUUUAAUGAGAACGAAUUAUGCACGUUGAACAAGAAUCUUCACAAAGACAAUUCAGAGCUACAGAAAAGUGAAGAGAGGCGGUUUGAGGCAAAUGAAGGACUUAAAAUAAAGGAGCGACUGAACGAGGCGACUAUUGAAGCAGCUAAAGGAGGUGAAGAGGAUGAAAUGUGUUCAGAAAGCAAACGAGAGCUCAUUGAGGACCCCCGAUUCAUGGGUAAUAAUUGCACAGAUGAAGACCUUACCAGCAUAGUUACAUAUCUGACAGAUAGCACGGACCCUACCAAGCACAUCCCUCAGACAACAUCUAUAAAGGACAGAGAGGUCAAUUCGCAAGAUGAGGACUUUGAGCUUGGGAAAAGCCUCAAUGGUAGUAGCAACAGGCUGUUUUCAUGGUGGCAGGAGUUCAACUCACUGGGUCACAGAGCCAAGGCUUUACUGUAUGCUAUUCUGUUUGUGAUCUUCAUAACAACAUAUCUGUGCGACAUGCCGACCUGCUUGGCCCUCUAUUUGUUUUCUCUGUGCUGGUGGUGCAGCCAGGGCAUGAAACAACGCCUGGAUGGGGCGUCUGUUGAUGUGGACUGAGACCAGAUAGGACGUUUUUGAGAAAGCUUUUCAUAAGUGACAUAUGGUUUUG